CUAGAGUUUCCGAACACGCCCUCGCGAUUCCGCAUUUGCUCAACAAGGGCUCAACGAGGCAAAGAGGGCAAACUGGAUCAGCACGCCAAUGCCAAUGGCGCCCGCGGAAGACGAAUUCAAGGCGAUCGACCCUGCUAACCUUGACAGAUCGGUCUCUCCGGGCGAUGACUUCUUCUCCUUUGCAAAUGGGACGUGGUGCAAAAGCAACCCCAUACCUUCUGAUUACAGCCGGUGGGGAGCCUUUGAGGUCAUGAACGAGAAGAACUUGGCGAUGCUCAAAAAGAUCGUGGACGAUGCAAUGCAAGACACUUCGGCGACCGGAACUGUGCAAAAGGUUGGCACGUUCUGGAGAAGUGCGGUGGACACAGAAGGCAUUGAGGCGGCAGCGCUCACUCCGCUUGCGGACUGGUUCAAAGCGAUCGAGCAAGGUGGAAACAGGUCACGCAUUGUGGCCCAGCUCCAUCGAAAGGGCAUCCGUCCGCUGUUCACGCUGGUGGACAGUGCGGACUCGAAGAACUCGGGGCAGUCCAUUGCGCACCUGUACCAGGGCGGCUUGGGGCUGCCCGACCGGGACUUCUACGUCCUACCAGAGAAGGAGGAGAUCCGGGGCAAGUACAAGGACCACCUGACGGCGGUCUUCAAGCUGCUGGGAAAGAGCGACGAGGAGGCCAAGGCAAGCUCCGUGGCGGUGUUCUCUUUCGAGAAGCGACUGGCGGAGGCGAGUCUGACCAAGGUGGAGCGGCGAGACCCCGAGCGCGUGUACAACAAGCGCACCUGGGAAGAGGCACAGUCGGCGGCCGCGCCGGGAUUCGAUCUGGGGGAGUACUUCAGAACAGUCGGAAAGGAGGUCGUCGAGGUCAACUUGGAGCACCCCGACUUCUUCAACGCGGUCGGGAGGCACCUGGCAGACUUGUCGGACGCGGACUGGAAGGCGUACCUCACAUGGAAUGUCGUCCACUCCCUGUCCGAAUAUCUUCCGGAGGCAUUUGUGCGCGCGGACUUCGAGUUUUACAAGAAGGUGUUGGACGGGCAGCAGGACGACAAGCCGCGCUGGAAGAAGAUGCUGGGCCUGCUGGACUGGGCCGUCGGGGAGGCGCUCGGGGAGCUCUACGUCCACCAGGUCUUCUCUCCGGAGGCGAAGCAGCGCGCGCUGGUCAUCGUGGGUGUAAUCCAGGAGACGAUGGAGGAGCGCCUCAAGACGCUCGCCUGGAUGAAGGACGAGACCAAGAAACGCGCGCUCGAAAAGCUGGGCACGUUCAAGGUCAAGAUCGGUUACCCCGACCAGUGGAUCGACUACGGCCCGCUGGUGGUGCGCGACGAGCCGCUGGUGGGCAACGUGCUGCGCGCCAAGGAGUUCCACUUCGAGCGGAUGCUGGACCGCCUGGACAAGCCAGUGGACCGCACGCGCUGGAUGAUGACGCCGCAGACCGUCAACGCCUACUACCACCCGAAGCUGAACGAGAUCGUCUUCCCGGCGGCCAUCCUCCAGUUCCCCUUCUUCGACCCACGAUCAGACGACGCCGUCAACUACGGCGCAAUGGGCGGCGUGAUUGCGCACGAGAUUACGCACGGCUACGACGACCAGGGCCGCCGUUUUGACGCCACGGGCAACCUGGCGGACUGGUGGACCCCAGAGGACGCGGAGGAGUUCAAGCGGCGCGCCAAGGUGAUUGUGGACCAGUUCUCCGAUUACGCUGUGCACGGGGCCAAGCUCAACGGGGAGCUCACGCAGGGGGAGAACAUCGCGGACCUCGGGGGGGUCAAGAUCGCGUACGCUGCGUUCCAGCGGGCGCAGAAAAAGCAGAAGCAGGCGGGCGACGACGUUGCAACCGUGAACCCAGGGGGCGAAUUUACCCCUGCACAGCGGUUCUUCCUCUCGUGGGCUCAGGUCUGGCGGUCCAACAUCACCAAAGAACAGGCUCUGAAGAGGGUCACCACAGACCCACACUCACCCGCGGACUACCGGGUCAAUGGUAUCGUCUGCAAUGUACCCGAGUUUUACGAGGCAUUCGGAGUGAAAGAAGGGGAUAAUCUUUUCCGCAGCAAUAGCGCACGUGUUGACAUCUGGUGACGUUGCAAGUGGCAGCCCUAGAACGGUAUGCAGGAGGCACUGCAUGGCCGGUGUAACCUUUCAAUGAAAAGAUUCAACUUCCAUUGGACAUCAAAUCGGCGGAUAUAGGUUGCUUGUGACUCACGAAACUGGAACGUCCCCCUGCAGUAAGCCCUUGCUGCCUUUUCCUCUCUCUUGUUUUGUAAGUGGCCGCGCAUACAUGACCGUGCCACAUUAGACGCCAUACGGC